CUGCUGUGAUAUUUGAUACCAUGUCGGCCACCGUAGAAGACGACUGCUGUGAUAUUUGAUACCAUGUCGGCCACCGUAGAAGACGACUGCUGUGAUAUUUGAUACCAUGUCGGCCACCGUAGAAGACGACUGCUGUGAUAUUUGAUACCAUGUCGGCCACCGUAGAAGACGACUGCUGUGAUAUUUGAUACCAUGUCGGCCACCGUAGAAGACCAUAAACAUCCAGGAUUACGUUGGGAGUGCCCGGUGGUUUUCUACAUCAUUUGUAAACUAGAAAGAUUGACAAUCAUAAAUUCCGACGACUUUGAUAGAGGCAUCCUAGCCCAAUAGAGGAAAGAUGAGGCUGAAAGAGAUCCAGAGGACUGCUCAUCCAGCAUGGAGCCCUGCCCCCCACCACCCUAUCUGCCUGGCUUUAGGCACUUCAGCUCAGCAGCUGGAUGCGUCAUUCAACACCACUGCCGCCUUGGAAAUAUUCCAGGUGGAUUUUGCCGAUCCUUCCCUGGGCAUGAAGCUCAAGGGGUCCCUACCUACUUCUAACAGGCUCCAUAGUCUGGUGUGGGUAAACUUUGGAGCAGGAGAAGACGGUUUGGGAGGGAGACUGAUUGGAGGCAGUGAUAAUGGCACGGUAACGGUGUAUAGCCCAGAAGCCAUCGUAACACCAGGGGCAGAGGCAAUAAUAGGACAGUCUGACAAACACACUGGGCCUGUCAGAGCACUAGACUUCAACCCCUUUCAGAGUAAUCUGUUGGCGUCAGGGGCAAAUGAUUCAGAGAUCUACAUCUGGGAUCUGAACAAUUUCAGCAAUCCAAUGACACCCGGGACAAAGUCACAGCCUCCUGAAGAUAUCAGUGUGGUGUCGUGGAACAGACAGGUGCAACACAUCCUGGCCUCUGCAAACCCCAGUGGGAAAGCAGUGGUCUGGGACCUGAGGAAGAACGAGCCCAUCAUCAAGAUUAGUGACCACAGCAACCGGAUGCACUGUUCAGGGAUGCUCUGGCACCCUGAGGUGGCCACCCAGUUGGUCCUGGCCUCAGAAGAUGACCGCAUGCCAGUCAUUCAGAUGUGGGACCUGCGCUUUGCCACAUCUCCUCUCAAAGUCCUGGAGAACCACACAAGGGGACUUCUGUCCAUCGCGUGGAGCCAAGCAGACCCAGAGCUGUUGCUCAGUAGUGCUAAAGACAACAGGAUCCUCUGCUGGAAUCCAAACACUGGAGAGGUGAUCUAUGAAUUACCAACGACCAACCAGUGGUGCUUUGACAUCCAGUGGUGUCCCAGGAACCCAGCGCUGCUGUCGGCGGCCUCGUUUGACGGCUGGAUCAGUGUGUACAGCGUGAUGGGAGGAAGCCUGGAGGCCCAGCAGCAGAGCAGGGCUGAUCAGAUCUCCUCGUCCUUUGACACCAUGGAUCCGUUUGGGACAGGCCAGGUGCUGCCCCCUCUGCAAGUUCCCCAACCCACCCCUCAGACCACCCUCGUCGCUCCGCUGAAGAAGCCCCCCAAGUGGGUUCGUAGGCCCGUAGGAGCCUCAUUCGCUUUUGGUGGGAAGCUGAUCACCUUUGAGAGUCCUAAGGCUCCAGUCCAGAGCCCACAGCCCGUCCCUGUCCCCAGGCAGGUGUUUGUCAGCCAGGUCACCACGGAAACAGAGCUCCUCCAACGUUCCAGGGAGCUGCAGGCUGCUCUGCAAUCUGGAUCCUUGUCAGACUACUGCCAGGCCAAGAUCCACAAGGCCCCCACAGACUCUGAACAGGACAUAUGGAGGUUUCUCCUGGUCAACUUUGAAGAUGAAGCCCGGGUCAAAUUCCUGAGACUUUUGGGUUUCAGCAAAGAGGAUUUAGAGAGGAAGAUCUCCACCUGCUUAGGGAAGAACCUGCAGCCUAACGGACAUGGAGUGGAUGCCAACGAUCUGGCUGAGAAGAUACAGCUUCUCUCUACUCAGAGGUCAGAGGAAUCCGGGGAUGAGGUUGACUCCACCAAGACUCCGGGUUCAUCCUCGCCCUCUGACUUUUUCAGUCAGAUCCCACCACAACCACAAGACAAGGAGAAGAUCAGCUUCCCGAUUCCUGUCUCAGCAGAUGCAGAUGGUCUGAUCAGCCAGGCUCUGCUGGUGGGAAACUUUGAGGGAGCGGUGGCUCUGUGUCUGAACGAGGGGCGCUACGCUGAGGCCAUCCUGCUGGCGAUCAGUGGAGGACAGGAGCUACUGCAGAGGACCCAGCAGACAUACCUGGACGAGCAGAGGAACAGCAUCUCUAUGCUGAUCUCAUCCGUGGUGACCCAGAACUGGGGAGACAUCGUGCAGAGCUGUGCCUUGGAGAACUGGAAGGAGGCUCUCGCUGCUCUCCUGACCUACGCUCACCCCAAAGAGUUUGCUCAUCUGUGUGAGGCCCUGGGGUCGCGUCUGGAGGGGGAGAGGACAGAGAAACGCUGUCUGCAGGCAUGUCUCUGUUACAUUUGCUCUGGGAACAUUGAGAAGCUAGUGGAAUGCUGGGCCCUGCAGAGGGACUGCUCAUCUCCCCUGGUUUUAGAGGACUUGGUAGAGAAGAUGAUGGUUCUGCGUAAGUCUGUGGAGCGUCUGAGGAACAGCGAGGUGGCUGUACAGAGUCCUGUCCUGGCUGACAAGCUGACUCUCUACGCUGGUCUCCUAGCAUCACAAGGCAGCCUGGCUACAGCCCUGUCCUACCUGCCAGACACCUCAGACCAGGCUUGUAUCAUGAUGAUGAGAAACCGGCUGUUCCACGCCCAGGGAGAGGGAGGAGCUGCAGAGGGGCAACAGCCCCCACCGUUCCCUUACAACAGAGUCCGGGUGACUGGGGGCGACCCUGCCCCUGCUCAGGCCCCUGCUGUCCCCGUCCAAGCACAACCACCGACACAGACACCGGGGCCCUACCAGCCUCCUCUUCCUGUGAUGUCAGUGGGUGGCCAGCCUCCUCUUCCUGUGAUGUCAGUGGGUGGCCAGCCUCCUCUUCCUGUGAUGUCAGUGGGUGGCCAGCCUCCUAUGACGACAGUCUUCACUCCUCAAGCUGCUGCUCUCUCCAGAGGGCCGCCGCCUCCUUCGUAUGGCGGUCUGCCACCCUCCUCCCCUGCUCCUCCACCUAGUGGGCUGCCACGUACAGGACUACGGCCAGCCUACCCUCAACAUCCUGCCACUGCCCCAGGGUUCUCUCCACUCCAGCCAUUCCAGCCACAACAGCAGCCCAUGUCUGCAGGACUAGGUGGCCCCGUCCACUCUGCCUUCCCUCCAGGACCUGCUCUGCCAGGCUCCAGCCUAUCUGGACCCCCCCUGCCUCCGUUCUCUGCCCCUGGCGGCCUCCCCACCAUGCCCAGCCCAGGGCCACCUCCGUCAGGCUUCGCCCCCACCUCGCUCCCUUCAGGCCCCAUGCCACCCAGCUACCAGCAGCCUGGGGCCCCCGUCGGCAUGUACCCACCAGGGGGGUCUCACCUUCACAGCCAGGGCCCACCUGCAGGUCCCCCCUCUGGUCCGUACCCACCCCUGGGACCUGGGUACCCACAAGGAGGUCCUGGAGCCCCGGCCGUCAAGUCCUUCUCUGCUCCGUCGGUUGGUCCUCCUCCUACAGGGUACUUCCCUUGGCUGAGUACUCCCCUUGUUGACGAUGAUGAAGGACAAGAUGGCUGGAAUGACCCACCAGCAGUACGAGGGGGUUCUAGGAAGAAAAAGGUUGUCCCAGACAACUACACCCCUCCGGCUCCCAUCACCGCCCCUGUUAUGGGGGGUUUCCCCAUGGAGGGCCAUCAUCAUCAGCCCCAAGGACAGCAGGGCCACGACCCCAGCCGCACGCAGCAGUUCCCCCCAGGGGCCCCUCAGGAGCCCAGCGUACAGCUCCUCCAGGCGCUGCCGGCUGAGAGGGUGGAGCAGAGAGAGAUCCCUGCAGAGCACAUGGUCCUCAAGCAGACCUUCGACAGCCUGGUUCAACGCUGCCAGCUAGCCGCACAAGACCCACAGACAAAAAGGAAACUUGACGACGCAUCGAAACGCCUUGGGUACCUGUAUGACAAGCUGAGAGAGCAAACGCUGUCUAACAACAUCCUGGGGGGUUUACAUGAGAUCAGCCGCUGUGUGGCGGGCCAGAACUACCAGCGUGGCCUCGAGGUCCACACUGCUGUGGUCACCAGCAGCAACUUCAGCGAGAUCCAAGCCUUCAUGCCCAUCCUCAAAGUGGUCAUGACCAUCGCCAACAAGCUGGGCGUCUGACCACUGAUCCCACACCAAGGCAGGCUUCUAGAAUAAACCUGAUUUCCUAUAAUGCUCUACUUUUGACCAGACCCUAUGGGCUCUUUACGGGCCCCGUGGGCCCUAUGAUUUAUGAGGGCCCCGAGGGGUCUAUUGAGGGCCCCGAGGGCUCUUGUCAAAAGUAGUGCUCUAUAUAGGGAGUAGAGUGCCAUUUGGAACACUCAAAAACACACCAAGAUAAAACAGCCUUCAGUGUUAUCAUAUGGAUGGAUCACAAUGUUAUAGAUUAGAUAUUUAUUUAUUUUUCAGCUGUUGAAAUGUGCUUUGAUAAAGAAGAAAAAAACAUGAUUGCAGAUGUGUGGUUUUCGCUUGACUAAAGCCGACUCAUAGAAAGGUUUCUGACUUGGCUGAUGACGAGAGGUGUUCUUCUCUCUGAGAAGACGAGUCACUGUGUUGGUUAUCAACAGCAAAACACCCAGUAAUACUAAAGAAGUCGAGUCCUUUUAGCUUUUCGAAGGGAAGAUACCGGAUGUUAAAUAUUAAAGAGGUGGGGGUUACUGAUGCGGGAGGAUUGUAAGCUAGCUGAGGAUUUUAAUGUCAUAUGUUUGAGAGUGGAGAAAGAUCUAGGCAAAUGUCUCUGAACAAUGUGGGCUUGGAUUCUCUGGCUGUCAGUCGUUCUGAACAUGGUAACUCAUCCAACUAAGGGAAGACUGAGAACGAGGUUGUUUUUUUGUCCACCUUCCUACCUCAUCUUUCCUUAACAAACCACACAACGUCCAGCUGAUUUUUACAAUAGUGAGGAAGAGUGACUGAGUUAUAUACACUUUUGUAAUGCAUACUGUACCACAGCGCUGACAUUGUUACUUUUCACUGACAGACCAGUGGGCUCUACAGACCUGUGGGCUCUACAGACCAGUGUGCCAUCUCUUACUUUAUGUUUUCAGGCCAAAGCACUGCAACAACUAGCUCUGAUCCAGGGUGUUACGUGCAGCUGGUUGACUCAGAGCUGUGUCAGAGCCUGCACAUUACGCCCUGGUCCAGAGCUAUGCAACAACAGAAUGUAAUUUGAUGAUUCUUGUGGAGUUGCUGGAUGUUUUUUAUAGUCAGUCCCCAUUACAGUCACUAUAGAGCGGCCCACUGCUGUCAGCUAGCUUGUGUGAUUGAGAGACUGUAUGAGAACUGUGUGUGUGUGUCCUGGUUGUUGGCUUCGCCCCCUGUUUAUAGUGUGCUGGCUUCUGUUGUGUAUAAACUGUAAUGAGCACACCACUGUAAACAGCUUUGGCGUAGUUACACUUGACAUUUCAUGCUGAUUGAAGAACGUGGCAGUUAUCGACUGAAAUAUGGCAAAGAAACCCAUGAAUAAAUCUCUUGAAAUAUU